AUGAACAGCCAAUUUAAGCAUAUACUACUGGAUAGUACUCAUUUCCAACGGAUUCGUCAUGCUUUGAACUCAAGAACAAUAGGAUGGGAUGCGUUGGUGCGCUCGUCUGAGAUUAGUAAGUUUGAUGGCGAAACGACUAAGAGUCUAGAAAGUAGAUUGUUGAAAAAUCAGAAACUAGACUUACCAUUGGACACUGCCUUGACUUCUCUAUUACACAUUUUAGAAACUUCGAACAACCUGGAUGUUAACAAAUGUGUUGUCAAUCUAUUCUCUCAACUAUUGACUUUAGAGCCAUAUAAUGAACAGCUAGUCGAAUUGCUUUCAAAGAGAGGUGCAAGGGACGUUUUAAACCAAUUGUACGAACAUACUUUGAAUAAAUCUUUUUCUGAUGAACAGUUCAACUUAAUAUCUGCUUUCACUUUAGUUUCGUUAUUGUUGCAGUUCAACGAUACAGAUUUAGCUUCAAAACUUUUAGAAAAUAAACAAUUUCAAUCUUUGUUCAAAUCAGAGCAUAAAGAUUCACUGUACUUGGCAAUCAGAUUAUUACAAGAACUAACUGUUACAAAAGCGUACAAGCAACUGGUUUGGUCCCAAGAAGCGUUUUAUUUGCCGAUAGUUUUCCAAUCAAUCUUUUCUAUCAAUGAAAAUCAACCUCAACAAACGAAUACAAACAAUUUACAAAUUCAACUACAAUACUACGCGUUAAUGAUUAUCUGGUUAUUGACCUUCGAUCCUAAGAUAACUGAAGCGUUCACUAAGGAACAUCUAGCACACUAUUUACAACUAUUAAGGUUGAUUAGAUCUACAAUUAAGGAAAAAGUCGUCAGACUUUCAGUUGCAAUCAUUCUAAAUGGUAUCAAUGAAUCAGUGAAAAAUCAUAAAUCCACAGUUAAGAAUUUAAUUUUGCUAGGAAAUGCCAUCCCUACUUUGAACCAGAUAAUGGAGAGAAAGUUUUUGGACGAUGAAUUGAAACAAGAUUUAACUACUUUGAAAGAAUCUUUGGAAGCAGAGUACCAUGAAUUAACAUCAUUCGACGAAUAUUUGGCGGAGUUGAACUCCAAGAUUUUAUUAUGGUCUCCUGUUCAUCAAGACGAUCAAUUCUGGUUGGACAAUUUGGAUAAAUUCAAAGAAAAUAACUGGAAACUAUUCUUGCAAUUGAUAGAUUUAUUGAAGGAAUUUAUCACCGAGAAGAGGCCUUCUUCGGUCAGUCUUCAAAUUUUGUUGAAUGACAUCCGCAAAGUCAUGGAAUUGGAUAAUGAUUCUAUCAAAAUACUUGGUAAAGACAAAUUGAUAAUAAUGCAACUUUUACAACAUUCUGAUUCGAAGGUCAAAUAUGAAGCUUUGAAGACCACACAGGUGAUAGUGUCUAACACAUUCAAAUAA